UUUUAACUGCUACUGAAUGUGUGUUAGCCGCAAACGAGUCAAUCCUAUGUGCGUGGUUGGUUCAUAUAUAUUGUAAUGUUAGUCAAACAGCUAACACCAGCUAACUCUCAAAGCGCUAGCAUCGUCCACAGUGUCUGACAGUAGCUGUGGUUAACUCUCCUUGCACCACUUUUAGCUUCUUCGCGUUUGUUGUGACUCCAGAGACAUUUAGCACUUGUCCAGCUUGUAAAUAAGCUAGAGUGAUGGAUUUAUAUCUUGACUUUUAUCACGUCUUUGGCUGAAUUCGAAGAAGCCUCCUGUUUGUUGUGAUCAGUUUCCAAACAUCGUUCAGCAACUUGAACACAUCCGCUCGCCCCGAUCGUUGUUUCCACGUUCUUUGUCUGUUUGGUUUCCUCGCUGCAACGUUCUUAGCUGUAACCGUUUUGUUGUUCUGUGUGCAGUGUGUUUCCCUCUCACCGACACACUCACCUCACCGACCGAACAUGAAGCGAUCCAAGGGCGGCUCUGAGGACGACCCUCCCCGGGAGAACGGCUCCUCGGGCCGCCGCAGGAAAGUGGAGCGACCGCAGAGCAACGGGGACGACAGCGACUCUGGCUACGGUCCGACCGACCUGCGGGACGAUGGCGACAAUGACCCGGCCGCCCGGAGGGAGAUACGGAGCAGGUACAGAGACCUGAUCAACACCGUGCAACAGAGUAGAGAGGACAUGCUGAAUCCCUCCAACAACAAGCUCACUGAAGUUUUAGAGGAGGCCAACAAGCUGUUCGAAGAUGUCCGACAGGCGAGGGAAGCGGCUCUGGAUUCCCAGCUCCUUGUCAUGGCCACAGACCUGGGGAAAGAGAAAGCCAGUCAGAUGUUUGCUGAAGGGACCGCUUUCGACCCCGCCGCCUUUACUGAGCAUCUUUUGUCCUUCAUGGGUCUGAACCGACUAGAAGACGGUGACGACGAGCAGAAUGGGGGCACAGUUGAGGGUUACCUUCCCCAGGAUGCCUGGCACAGAGUGGCCCGGAGGGCAGAGGGCUGUUUCAGGACCGCACCCUCCUUCCACUACAUGAUGGGCUCGUUCCAUGCAGAGCCGCCUCCUCCAAAGCAAAAGAUAGUGCGACAAAGUAAAGCGACUACAAAGGACACCCAAAGGAUCAUGCCCACUCAGCUGAAGAAAAUGGAAGAGUCCCAUCAAGAAGCAACAGAGCAAGAGGUUGAAAGGAUCCUAGGAUAUCUGAAGAGUUAUUACAAAGACGAUCCAACAUCGCCGAUUUCAUACUAUGAGUUUGUCAUUGACCCCAACUCGUUUUCUCGGACAGUAGAGAACAUUUUCCACACAUCUUUCCUGAUCCGGGACGGUUUGGCACGGAUGCAUCUGGAUGGCAAACUGCCUUGUAUAGCACCUGUAGAGGAGGGCGAGGCAGAAGCUGCAGGAUCCAUCAGCCGUAAACAGUGCAUCAUCUCGAUAAGUCCAAAGAUGUGGAGGGAGCUCAUAGACGUCUUCGAAAUCACACACACGAUGAUUCAUCCUCCUAACACACAGAAGGCGUGAGGGGCCGUGCCUCUUUUUCUUUGCUGAAACUGAAUUCUGUAUUUUUUUUUUUUAAAUUUCUACAUAAUACAGACAAAUUCUUUGAAAUUUUCUAUGAAACGUAGAUCAAUUUUUGAGUUCCUAAUAACUCAAAUGCACAUUUUUUUAAUGUUUGUGUUACUGUUUUUAGAAGUUUAAAUAAUAAAAGACAAGAA